AUGGCGCCAGUCAAAACGAUGAGGAACAUUCUCAUGGAGCUGAGGAAGGUAUGCCAACAUCCAUACCUCUCAGCUCCAGAGUUGGAGAAUGAAGAAUUACCAGAUGAUGAACAACAUAAAAGGUUGAUCAAUGGGUCUGGGAAAUUGUCUUUUUUGAGGAUUUUAUUACCUAAAUUGAAAGAACGAGGACAUAGAGUUUUGUUAUUCUCCCAAUUCAAAAUCGCCCUUGAUAGGAUUCAAGAUUUCCUCUAUGGUGAAGGAUAUAAAUUCCUACGACUUGACGGAGACGUCCAACAAGCUCAAAGACAAAAAUCAAUGGACGCUUUCAAUGCUCCUGAUUCGGAAUUCUUCAUCUUCCUCUUGACGACCAGAGCUGGUGGGGUUGGGAUCAAUCUCGCGACGGCUGACACAGUCAUCAUGUUCGACCCAGAUUUCAACCCUCAUAUGGACCUUCAAGCUAUCGCUCGUAGUCAUCGAUAUGGACAGAAGAAGCCUACCUUGGUAUUCAAGCUCAUGGCCAAAGAUUCUGUUGAGGAACAAAUCAUCUGGAAAGGCAAGAAAAAGAUGGUCCUGGACCAUUUGGUCGUGCAGCAGAUGGGCAAAGAGACAGAGGAGGGCGACAUCGACAGUAUUCUUCUCCACGGUGCCAAGGCGUUAUACAACACCGACGCCAAUGGGGUCGCUCCGUCAGACAUUCAGUACAACUCGAAGAACGUGGAUGAGCUCAUCGACAAACUUGAGACUGAAGCAGCCACUGAAGCCAAAGCGAUGGAAGAGCGUGAGGCAGCUGUGGCAAGAGGAGAAGUCGAGGAUAAAGAAAAAGCAAAGGAAUCAAUGGCCUUUGGUUUCGCUAAAAUCUGGGAGGCGGACAAGGAUCAGGUGGCAGAAGUUCCUGACGACGAGGAAGAACCACUGGAAGAGAUGGAAGAUGCGUGGCGUCUGGUCAUGGACGGCGCACAGCGUGAAAAGGAGAGACAAGAGGCGAUCGAAGCGGAAGGACGAGCGAGACGGAGAAAAGCUGCUGCGCCUCAAUACAAAGUCGAUCCUCAAUUCUCUGACGAUUCACCUCAGACGAAGAAGAAGAAAGAUAAAGGCAAGAAAGCGAAAGGAAAAGCUGUACCGAGUUCAGAUGACGCGGAAUUCGUCACUCCAGCAGACGCCGAAUCGGAAAGUGACGAUGAGACGGUGGCGUCUUUCAAUGAGCGUAUAGCCGACCUUUUGGGAGAAGACGGGGACAAAAAGUCGAAACGAGGUCCACAUGACCCUGUCAAGGCUGCAGAGGCGGCCGCAAGACUACAAGCCGCCGCUGCUGUGCUCGCCAGUCGAGGGGUCAACAUCGCUGCGCCUGCCGGAGAACCAGCGAGAAAACGAAAGCGGGAUGAAACACCCGAACAACGAGCUGCUCGCAAGAAGGUCCAGAAAUUGAGGCAAUUGCAAAAGUAUGCAGAGCUCAAGGAACAAUUCGAUCAGGAGAAGGCGCUUAACGCAGAGAGAGCUAAGGGAACCCAGUCCGACCCCAACGGUGCCCCAUUCUCCUCUGGCGCUCUUCCCGGAGUUACCGCCGCUACGUCUCGUUCAAUGCCGACUACGAGUAAGGCACCUGUUCGCUACGAUCCUCAAAAGGUGGAACUGGCUCAGCAGGUUUUACAAUGGCUAUAUCAUGUCUUACGUGAACUCCGGAUGAAAGAAGCUUUGGGUACAUGGGCCAUGAUGGGUGUUCCGGAAUUACCCACCCAAGAACGUAGAGGAAUGUUCCUCGAACUUGCACGUCAGGCGGAUGAAGGGUUGGAAGCUUCUGGACAACCAAAAUAUUUCAGCACGUCAAAAACUUCCGCUUUGGCUUUGUACAUUUUCGACAUCAACGCUCCUGUCGUUCCUGAUAAACCAUUGGAAGAUUUACCUCGAUUACCUCCCAUGAUGACCUUCCAUCGACGCGAGGAUAAUCCGCAUCAUUACCAACGCUUGCCUCGUCAAGAGGAAGAAAAUCGACAAGGACAUACGCAAGCUGAGAAUGGUAUGCCCAACGGUGUCAAUAGAGCGAAUGGUUACACUCCUUCCCCACUACGUCAACAUUCACAAGUUACAAGCGCCCAAAACGCCGGAUCGGGAUCACCAGCAGGGAGUAAUCAUGCUUCUCCUCAAGUACCGGCCCUUCCGCCUCCACAUCAACCCCCUCAACCUCCACAGACAUACAAUGCUGAUUGUGGAUAUUGCAAGGGACCUCAUAAAUUGGAAGCUUGUAGUAAAUUCUUGGCCACUCCGGAUUUACCUAAACUUCUCAGAGCGAGACAGGAGAUUCAAAAUGGUCAAGGAAAACACCCUAUGACUCACUCAUUAACCGAAAUUAAUCGUCUGAUACACCUACGCGAAUCGCUCCUUUCCGAUUCUACAAGACAAAUUCCUCCCUCUCCUUCAGCUAUUUCAGCACCUACCGUUCAACCAAUACCAUCUUCCUCUUCCGUCCCCACUGCUCCGGCACCUGGACAAUUAACCAACGGAGGUCCUGUCAAACAUGGAACGAGAGAUUCGGCCAUCGUGAUCGACGAUGAUGAGCCCGUCUCAAAAAGUCCGAAUAGCAAGAGGACUUUGGGAUGUACGAUUUGUCAUUCUGAUGUGACUCAUAUAGCUGUGAAAUGUCCUGUUGUUUUAGCCGGUCCGGAGAGUAUGAAGGCUUCAUUAGCCCGAAUGGAUACCUCUGACCCUAUGCAUUCAGUCUUACAAGACCUUUUAUCCCGUCCCGCUCCUUUAGGUCCUAGUUGGGUUCAUCCAGGUCAAUCAAUCACUUCUCCUGGCGCCGUGUGUCCAUUCUGCGAGACUCUAUGCGGGAGGACAGUCCGACAUUGUGCCGAAGCACAUGGUGGUAGGAAAAAGUUGAAAAAUCGGAUCAAACAAUUGCAAAGUAUCGAAACUACAGAAGCGCAGCCGAGGGUGAGACCUAUGCUCGACGCAUUGUUUUUAUGUUAUCAAGGGUGGCCUAAUCCAUUGAAAGCUGCGUGA